UCAUUUAUAUUUCUGGAUUUGAGCCACUGUAUGGUGCUAUAGAUGAAGACCUGCUCUUCCUCCGUCCUCCUUUGCUUCAUUGUUGCUACGCCAUGGCGAUGCAUACAAAAGAAUACGACCCUCUACCUCGAGGCUCGGAUGAUGAAUCGAGCUUAGACAUUCCCCAUAUUCGACCUCAACGUCGUCGAUUCACACCUUGGAGCUCGUCGAUUGUUUUGACGGUGCUGCUCGCGAUUUCAGUCACUUCAAAUCUGUUUAUCGUCCUUCGAAAUGUUAAACAGCGUAAUCUCACUGAAGCUGACUGCCCUUCAACCUACGCUGGGCUUAAGCGUGAUGUGCCCAUACGAAUUAUACCAGAGACAGAAUACACUUCAGACAAUCUGACAGCAGUGGCUGUCUUAUGGGAUAAGAUGCGGGGUGAUCCAGGUGUGCUUGCACUCUCGUCAGACUUUGUGAAGGAGAAGGGUCUCCCUCCGGCUAUCCAAUACCCCUGGGACGAGGACAAAAGUGUCUAUUUCUUCCAGGCCUACCACAAUCUUCACUGUCUGGUAAGAACAGACCCCCGCGGAAAGACACUGUUCCGGUAUGUCAACUACACAGAAACAGGCGUUCCAAAUCGGAUCGCGGCAAGUCAUGCACUUCACUGUCUUGAUCAGUUACGUCAAGAUGUCAUAUGCCACGCGGAUGAUACACCGCGCUAUGCUUGGACACAACCACCGGGAACGGGCUUCAACCAGAUGAGAAUGUGCAGAGACUGGAACAAGCUCGAAAAGUGGGCGAAUGAACAUACAGCUUGCUUCAAGAAUACGGAUGGUAUUGCAGGCCCCAUCAUCGAAAGGUUCAAGUCGUGCCCCGAUGGUCAAGUUCUUUGGCCAACCAAAUGAGAGUCAAGCAUGGAAAACCUGGGAUUUCCCCGGCGGUAAAGGUAUUGAAUCAGUCAUUUGCUGCUUAAAGCUAGCUAAGC